AUGACCAGCAACGCCGCCCACUACGCUGCGACGCUUGGAGCCAACCUGCAUGAGUGGGUCUUAGCCGUCAAGCAGCCAUCUCCGCCUACCGUGGCCGCCGCACCUUCAACUGUUGUAGACGCAGCGCAGGAAGGAGGGGUGCGCAAAACGCACUCCGCAUCAGCCGUGGCGUAUUUCCCACUGGAGGAGCGAAUCGGCCUGCCAGAGCUGAAGAGCAUCUUGUGCGCGUUUCAAGCGCCCCCGCACGGGGCAGUGACUCGAUGGUUGGACACAUCAUCAAGCAAGGGCUCAGGUAGCGGAACUGCUGACCGUGUUGUAGCGCUGCGAGCGCUGGAUACGUCCCGCUCGGUAGAUGAGCUUUCUGUCAUCGUCGCUGACCUCCCGCGAAGCCCAAAUCCUGCGCAGCGGCCUGGCCAGCAACGCACGCGUGACGCGACUGACGUGCAUUCAUCUGCUGCAGGUAAGGGACACAUGCACUCGCCUGCCCUUUCUCUUCCGCUUUCUGCGCCAACGCUAGGUUUGCGAAGCUUGUCUCAGGAGGAGUUCAUCCGCGCCAUCCAGAGCGCAGUGCCAUCUGCCACCGUGCCCGACAUCCUGUCACUGCUCAGAAAGGCAAUCUCGGAGACCCAGGAGACCGUCUCCUGGAGUGAGCUGACCGCGUUUCUGGUUACCCGCUCACGGCAGAAGGCCGACGUCGCCCUCGAAAAUCAGCGCUUCGUCCUCGGCGGCCCGCCACGCGGGAUGCGCUUUGACGAUCAGCAUGGCAGCCCCAUCACGUGCGUCGCGAUGGAGCCGGUGCGUCGCCUCCUCGUGACGGGGUGUAGUGAUGGGUCAGUGCGAGCCUGGAGCAGCGGCAAUGACCUUGUCUACCGUGGCCUACUGCUUCAGGUGGACAAGUGGAUUGUGGGGCUGCAUUGGGGGUGCAAGCAGCGUGUUCUCUACGUCGUCACGAUGGAUCGCUGGGUAUACAUUCUGAGUGGCUCCACGUACGAGGUGCUGCGCGUCUACCACGGCCGUGGCAUCACCGAGUCCUCAGUCAAUAUGACGUACGCAAGCGAGACUAUCGGCACUGUGCAUGUCGGCGGGGUGCCGCAGACAAAGAGCCUUGUAUCGAGUGCUCGCAGCUAUGGCGGAGUGCGCCUCGUCCCGCCGGGCAUCAGCCCCUUCAAUAAAUCGAAGACGUCGUUGUCACCGCGUCCCCCUACGAACCGCUCCGGCUCGUGCGAGUCACAUAAGGAGCGCAUGCAGCGUCUGCUUUCUUCUGCCAUGCACGCGUGCCGUGCCGUGCAUACGACGAGCAAAGAAACGGCUACCCCUGAGCACCCGCACCGCAGCACGUCAACACAGACUGACGCGACCAGCACGACAGUGAGUACAAGUGCAUCACAGGUGUCCUCGUCAGGCACACCGAUGCCAUCUCUUUUACCUACAUCUUCUCUGGCUAUGGUCUAUUCGCUGACGACCACCGAUGCCGCUGAGGCGUUGCACCAGGACAACACCCCGCUUACUGGGGCUGGCAGAGGCCCCUAUGUUCGCCAAGAACUGGAGGAGGGUGUUCUUACUGCCCUAGUUGACCCCGUGACAGCGACGGCGUUUCAUGAAUCUGCUCUCCAAGAGGAUGUGCUACUGCUCGGGACGAGCACUGGUGACGUUUUUCUCUUUCAGCUGGCGCAUCAGAACCACCUCAGCAGAAAGCGGGUGCUGGUGGCACGGCACAUCUUCCGUCAGCUUCACCGCGGCCGUGUUACAAAGCUCCAUCUGCUGCUGUCUCUGCACGCUCUAGUCAGUUCAGGCGACGACGGACACGUCCGCGUCACUUCUCUCGUGGCCGGGCAGCCACUUAGGGCCUUUUACGCGGCUGGCCUCCCCGAUCAGCACGCAAGCGUAACUGACUUUGACGUGCACCCGCAGCUGAAGAUGUUGCUGACUGUCGGCCCAGAGCGGCGGGCGCUGGUGUGGGAAUGGUCCCAGCCCUUACCCAUCGCACUGCUCGGCCCGGCCAAUAGCCCUUGCUGCGGGGCCGCCUUCAUGGGUGAUCAGGUGCUCACGAUGAGCCUCGAUGGAGUGCUACACGUCUAUGACUGCAAAGGGUUCCACUUUCAACAGGAGCUCUCCUUGGCCACAGCGGGCUCCCUCGAUCGCUUCGGCGGUGCCGUUGGGGCCACUCACUCCGUCAUCUCGCGGAUGCAUGUGGAUGAGGCGCGGAAGCGGGUGCUGUGCUUUGGGCACUUCCCCCUUUCCUUGUGCGUGAAAUGGCAGGUCUCCUCUGACUUUCCGGAGCGCUACCGAGGGCACCACGCGCCGAUGCUCACGACGCUGUCUUCGCGUGUCUUUGGACAGGUAGUGACAGUGGGAACAGACGGUGUUGUUAUGACGUGGAUGCCACGCUCAGGGGUGAAGGAGUCGUCGUUUCUUCUCUCAAACUUCUCAAACACGACGUCAGCUUCAGCCCCGAUUCGGCCGACGGCUGCCUCCAUGGACGUCUUGCAGCGCCGCCUACUCACAGGCUUUGCUAACGGGGUCAUGGUUGUAUGGAGCAUCCUGAACGGCCAAGUUGAGCGCGUCUUGACAGCGGCCGCUGCGACAGCAUCACCGUCACCUUCGUUGUCGCCAGCAGCUUUGGGAGGCACGGCGAAGAAGACAAUGAAUUCAAUGUCCGGCAGCAGCAGCAGCAGCCCUGUUGUCACCUCCUCGGAGUGGUCUGUGACGGCCACUGCAGCGGUGGCGAUACCAUCGACAAGGCGCGAUGUCACCGCAGUCGGCUCCCUUCUGCGCCACCGGUCUAUUUCAUACAUCUUCGCCAUUGGCUCGCAUCUAUACGUGGACGCGGCAGUGGAUAGAACUGGUGCCGCCGCGCGGAGCAGCGGUCCUCAGCUCGGCGAAUACUCCACGACGCCGGCGUCGUCGUGGACGGUGCCGAGUGCGUUGGGCGAUGUAACAAUGCUAGUGCAGCUGGGGCCGCAGCUUAUCGGGUGCUCCACCGCCUCUGGAGCAGUGCUUCUGUACAACGUACUCUUCGAGCGGCAGGAAGGUGCGCCACUGUGGGUGCGCGAGUCUCUUCUAUCCCCGGCAUGGGCAACCGGUGGUCUUCUCUCUCCUACGCCAACCUCGGCUGCCAUGGGCGGCGACGUUGUCAACAUCGGAGGUCCGAGUGCGUUGCCGCAGCGAAACAGCACUGUGUCGGCCGCCGGUCCGCUGAUGAGCAGCAGCGGCACGCACAGUCAGCGCACCGUCCCUGGCGCCGCCACGCUCUUUCUCGCGUCCCUCGUGAACACAGCCAGGGCUACUGGAACGCCAGAGGCGGCUAGCGCUGACUCGACAACACCGGCGGCAGUGAUGACGGGUGCUGUUGUCUCGCGUGUAAACUGCAUGAUGACAUUGCCGACUGUUCACCCGCGGCUGCUGCUCGUGGGUCAGGAGGAUGGCACCGUGUCGUUUUGGCACACCCUACGUCGCGUUUGCCUGGGCGCUGUGAGCUUGACAACUGCGGCUGGCGUCGAGGAUGCAAAACAGGGCGAGGGUGCAAUAGUGAUCAUGAGCAUGGAGGAGACAGAUGGGCGAAUGCUCGUGUUUGGCGACGGAGAGGGAAAAGUGCACGUAUGUCUUGUGAAGUGGAAGUUGCUGACCGAUUCGCACGAGCAGACAGCUGCUCUCGCCAUGCCGAACUUUGCCCUGUACUCUCUGACGCCGACUCCAAAGGAGGAGCAACUCCCAGCGGUGGCAGCGUCGACGACGAGCGCAUCAGACGAUGCACAGGCUGCCGAGCGGUCGCUGCCGGUGCUGCAGCAGCUGGAGCGCGUACACGUGUUUGCAAGUGGGCUCGCAUUGUCCGGAAUCCGUGUUGUUCACGCAGAGGAGACCGCCCCGCUCGGCUGUGCCGCCGCGCCGCCGCCCAAGACAGACACUGAGGCCGAAGCUGCUGCUACGGCGCUGGAAGAGGACAGGGACAGCCCUGCGGAUAGUAUCUCGCUGGGGGCACGCAAGGAUACUGGCAAGGCUCGUCUGCUCAUCAUCUGCACCGGCGUCGACCACUACGUGCGCGUCUUCACGCUGGCUGGAGUUCCCAUCGGAGAGCUCGGAAUGGACGCAUGGGAUGCCGCGCGACCAUCAACCUUUCGCUUCAUGGGCGAACCGACUGUUCCGCCUGCUGUGCCGCUGCCCUGCUCACCUGCUGGUAACUUUAAUUGGCAACAGGAGGAGCACAACGCGAUCACGAAAAGUGGCUGCUACCACGAUUACUUGGCCGACCUGUACGCGACGCAUCAUACGCGACCUGAGAUGCCAGUCGGGUCUUCCAGUGAACUCACACACGGUGGUAGCGUGUCGCUACGGCGAGCAAUGGGCGGAUCCGUCUACUUCGAGUGCACUGGCAGUCCCCCUUCACACGCCGCCGCUAGAACGUCGUUGGCGCCACGUCCGUCACUUCCUGACGCCAUGCACCCGCUAGACAGGGUUGGGAGCGCCACGACAGUGGACAAGCUGCCGAGCUACGGACACCCAAGUGUCGCUGUUUUUGCGGAGAACGCCGAAGCGGGCACGGGCCUUAGGCGCGAGUUGUGCUCCGACGUUGCCAGCGGAUUUCUCCUCUCGGGCCUGAGACCCGGCCAAACUGGCCCGCCCAAGCACUGUCUCACCGCACGCCUCCGGCAAAACACGCGACACCGCUAUGAAACAGGUCGACACUUUCGAGGGGUGCUAAAGCGCGCGUAUGCACAUCAGCUCCAGGACCGCAACCUCCAGGGGCACACAUCGCCGUUCUUGUCGUACCACCAGCCGCGAGCAGCGCCAUCUGAGCUGCCCAUUCUCCUGCUCAGUGGCCCCGAGGCAUCCUGUGCUGCAGAGAGCGGGCAAGCAGAGACACGGUCGGUGUCCCUCUCUGCAGCCAGCGAGUCCAGUGAUUCCGCUGAACAAAGAAGGGUUACGGGCUAUGUUCUAGGAGCAUUGGAGCAAGCCACCAACACCUCUGCCAGCUUACGAGAAGAGCCGCGUGAGCCUUGUGACAUGUCCAUCGCACCGCGGCGCAGCACCGUUUGUGCGGUAUCUCUGGCAAAAGACGCGAGAUGUUCCAUAACGCCCCGCCAUCCCAGCAUGACCUCUACAGAUGCGCCUCUCAGCGUCGGUGGAAGUCCAGUGAACCGCAGGCGGCAGUCGCGUACGAUGGUAGCGACACCGUUUGGGAUGGGCAUGGUGGCGCAGUGCAGCCUGAACGCGACUGAGACGUUGUUUCUCAAUCCACUGUCCCCGGGGGGUUUGUCGCUAAUAAAGCAGCCAUCACUGGUUCAUCAGCCGCCGCCUCUUCCUGUCGUACACUCAAGCAAGCAAUCGACAAGUGCCGACACGCAAACCCCACCGUCCUCGUACGCGGUCUCCACAGCAGUGCCAAUGCUCACGGCAGUUGCGCACUGCGGCAGCAAUGCCGCCCUCAGUGCGUUAGCCCCCGCCAGUGCCGCGCCGCGUGACGUGCUGAUCAAUAGAGCGGGACCUCUGUCCGCAACUGCCUCCCAAGCGCAAAGCGGAGCUGUUGUUGGCCAACAUAGAUCCACGCCAGCGCUCUCUUACCUGGUUCAUGAGCACACACGUCUCGUCGAGAAUACCCGUACCGCGGCAGCGCGGGAGAAGCUGGCCGCACUGGCGAUCCCAGUGCCAACCCAUCCGGUAUCCACGGGCAUUACCGGAGGCUCGGCGGCAGUGGACUCUCUGCGGCACCUGUCCAUUGUGCACGAGACGGCGGCGAGGUUUUCCUGCUCUACCUCCCCUUCCCUGGUUCCAGCAUGGAGUGUGCUUAACCACCUUGACUCCGUCGUGGAGAAGCAACAACGCCUCCUGGAGUGCCGUACGUCUGCAGCCCAGGAGCUGACAAACGCCUCCCAGGGGUUUCUGGCACACGUGACGUCAAGGAUGUACGUGACACCAGUGGAGGAGCUGCCAGCUCCCUCCUUGGAAUGCUCGCGACGGCACCACUUGGCCGCCACGCCACCAACGACCCGCACGCGGCGGUGA